AUGAAGUUCUCCCUCGUCGCAGUCGCUCUUGUCUCGACCGUCUCCGCCUUCUGCUGGGACUCCGUUACUUGCCACAACGGCGGCAACGCCCUGUGCAGCACGGUGUGCGUCCGCCAGGGCAACCCCAGAGGCGGCCGCUGCUUGCCCCGCGACGGCUGCCCCGGCAAAUCCAUCUGCGCAUGCUACCCCAACAAGCGCAGCAACGAUGAGGGUGCCGUCACGGUCAAAGCCGCCGCCGCCGACGACGACGACGACGCCGAGGCACGGCUCUGGGAGGAGGAGGUCCGGUCCGGUAUUGCUCCGUACGUUGCUGAGAGGGACCUGGACCGGCGCGAGGUGCGCGAGGCGGCCAUCGAGGCGGCCCUUCGCGACGUGUCCGGCACAGACGACGAGCACGCCGGCGAGGCGGCGCCGCCGGCGCUUCUCGCUACGCGCAGCGCCUGUUGCAGCUUGCUUCCGCCGGCCAAGGGGCUCUGCUGCGAGGCUCAUUGCUCGUAUAUUGGAAAACCGGGCGGUCAGUGCCAGGACAGGGGCAAAGGCGAAGUGUGCUACUGCAACUAG